AUUUUUAUGUUUGACGCUGUACAUACAUUACAGUACUUAAAUAAAUGACCGUGAUAUAAAAGUAACACGUAUUUCCCAGAGACUGGAGUAGGCCGAGCAUGAACAGCCCACACCUGAACGAGUGGCAGAGGAGGUCCUUUGACAUUUCUUCUGGCACAUAUACACCUGAACAGACGGCUGACGCUUAUCUGGCGCACAUUUUGUCAGUUCAGUAUGCAUGGGCGAGUGCCCAGCUCUCUCCGACCGGAGCUGCCAGCCUGCUCAGGACCUACACAGAACGCUAUGCUGCGGUUCUUGACUCGGAUGACCAACGCACAGGACUAAACAAUUAUGCUGACAGUGCCCUCCAUCUGGCACGCAAUCAGAAAAACCACAGUGACAAAUGGAAGUCUGCUUUAACAGUCGAGAAUGUGUUCAGCCUGCCGUACGUGCAGCGAAUGAUGCAGGCUGGGACAGAUGACAAAGACUCAGAUGCCGACAUUAUUGUUGGUGGAGAGGUUAGCAAAAGUUUGGGUAAAGGUAGUGUUGAGUCUGAUGGUGUGUUAAAACCAGUGCAUAAUCUCAGUGCUGAGGUGGAAACUAAAAUGGGUAACUUGGCAAGAGGAAGGGAAGGAGCACCCACUGGCAUGCCUUUAAUUCAUAAUGCCACUAGAACCCAGGCAGAAGUAACCCCACUCUUUGGUAAUACGGCUCAUAGUUUCCCUUCCAGCUCUGGCUCUUUCCAGCAGUCAAGUGUUGGUAACACAAGUGUUUCCAGUAUUAACAAUCAGCAGUCUGUUUUCUCCUCCUCAACAAAUCCCAGUAAGAGAAAAAACUUUUACAAUUCAGGAACUGAAAGCAACAGAGGUCCAACUUUGCCCCCAUUAGGCCAUGAAGCUGAAAGUUGGGGACGGAGAAAAGAAGAGCCUCCUGGUACUAACUUUAAAACAGCACGAGAGCAGCUAAUUGUUGACCAGAUUAAAAAGCAUUCUCAUCAAGGGCAACGGGGCUCAGCAGCAGCAGCGGGCACAAUAAUGAAAAAAUCCCUGGGGGCAAACCGGUCACGGGGUGCCUUCUCCAAAUUUGUCUCACCAAUGCCAAGACAGGAGGAGGAAGGCAACACAAGGGAUGAACCUUCAAACGAUGCACUGCCUGUUGAUGAACGACUCAAGAACUUUGAACCCAAAAUAAUUGAACUUAUUAUGAGUGAAAUUAUGGACCACGGUCCACCCGUGGCUUGGGACGAUAUUGCUGGCCUUGAAUUUGCCAAAGCCACAAUUAAAGAGAUAGUAGUGUGGCCCAUGUUGCGGCCUGACAUUUUCACUGGUCUCAGAGGUCCACCCAAGGGGAUCCUACUUUUUGGCCCUCCUGGUACUGGCAAAACACUUAUCGGAAAAUGCAUAGCCUGCCAGUCCGGAGCCACAUUCUUUAGCAUCAGUGCUUCCUCACUAACCUCUAAGUGGGUGGGAGAAGGUGAAAAGAUGGUGAGAGCUUUAUUUGCCAUUGCCCGAUGCCAUCAGCCAGCAGUAAUUUUCAUUGAUGAGAUUGACUCCCUGCUUUCUCAGCGCACAGAUGGUGAACAUGACUCAUCUCGCCGAAUUAAGACAGAGUUCCUCGUCCAACUCGAUGGAGCUGCCACUUCUUCUGAGGACCGGAUCUUGGUGGUGGGAGCCACCAAUCGGCCACAAGAAAUCGAUGAAGCUGCUCGCCGACGCCUCGCAAAAAGACUGUACAUCCCUCUUCCUGAGGCUGCCGCUCGUCAGCAGAUAGUGACCAAUCUUAUGUCACUGGAGAAGAGUCAUCUGGCUGCUGAUGAGCUUGAGAAAGUGGUGUCAUGCACAGAGGGGUUUUCGGGGGCUGAUAUGACUCAACUUUGCCGUGAAGCAGCACUUGGUCCAAUUCGCAGCAUGCAGUUUGGCGACAUCGCCACCAUCACCCCUGAUCAGGUGCGACCCAUACUCUACUGUGAUUUUCAGGAGGCACUUAAGACUGUACGACCUAGUGUGUCUACCAAAGACCUACAGCUCUAUGAAGAGUGGAACAAGACCUUUGGCUGUGGACGAUGAAGAUUUAUCCUCAUGUUCUUGUUAAAUGUUUUGAGGGUUUAGUAUUUUCAUGUGUACUGUUAUGAAUUAUAUUAUAUGCAGUUUGCUUCAA